AUGUCAGCCUCCCGUCCUCUUAAUCCUACGCAAAUUCCAAACAAUCUGCCUGGCCUCACCACUCACAUCACCGGUCACGAUGGCAACACUGGCAAGGCCAUCGUACAGGACAGCAGACCCGGCAACUGGACUGUGUUUGACGACAAGCUCAUGGCCUUCAAUGUGAUCUACACGACCUCGGAAUUCCCAGCAGACCUCAACAACGACCACGAUCUCAAAACCCACGACGAAGUCCUCUCCAACGGAAAACUCGGUCUUGUCAGCCCCAACGGCACAGUUUGUCGCGUAGUCGACUUUGCCCCCGGAUACGAGUGUAUCAUGCAUAGAACUCAGAGUCUAGACUACGGCAUUGUCCUCGAGGGUACGAUCGAGAUGAUCCUAGACAGCGGCGACAGGAAGUUGAUGCAGAGAGGCGACGUGGCGGUGCAGAGGGCCACAAUGCACGCGUGGAAGAACACGAGCGAGACUGAAUGGGCGAGGAUGAUCUUUGUGUUGCAGGACUGCAAGAGCUUGGAGAUUGGGGGCAAGGCAAUGAAGGAGGACUUGGGUGAAGGAGUGGAGGGGUUGCCGCCGAGUGGGAACGACUCCUAG